UAAUGACUUUGGUGUCGGCAAACCAAUAAUAUAUCAAGUGAGUAAACAACCUCUUUUACUUUCUUGUAUGUAGGUCUUCAUCCAGUUUGGUUCAGUGAAAAGCACACAAAGUGGGGUGAAGAUGCACUUGCUCCAUUGGAAAGUCUUGAUCCAUUUCUCAACCAAGACCAAGCCUCGCUAUCCAUCAGUAUGACCAUCAUCAAAUCCGAGAUCGACAUUGUCCCCAGCGUCGUUGGACCUGGUCUGUCCCCCUUUGCCGACUAUGCCAACUCGCCCGAGUUUUCCGACAUUCGAUUUUGUAUCAAAGCAACAGGCACACUCUUUUAUGGCCACAAAGCGAUCCUGUCAGCCAUGUCGCCAUGGUUUAAAGCAAUCUUCACAAGCGGUAUGCGCGAAUCCUACGAAAGCGUGAUUGAUAUCGAAGGCGUGGAUCCGGCCAUCUUUUCAAGAUUGUUACAUUAUUGUUAUACGUUCAGCAUGGAUAUUCAAUCGGUCACAGACGCACAGGCUAUUUUGAAGGCGGCAGAUCAGUUCCAACUGACAAAGCUGCGGGACGAGGCACUUCGGUAUAUGCGGCAAGAAAUCACGGAAUCGAAUAUCUGGGAUAUUUGGGCAUGGUCAGAUAUCUAUGACUGUGAUCGAACAAGAUCGGCAUGCCUUCGAUUCGUUUCAAAUCACUUUGUCGAUCUGAUAAAGAAUCCAGCAUGGUUAAGGGCGCGACCGAACGUAUUGAAAAUGGCAUUACAGAUCGAUGAAGGCCUGAUACCUAGUGAAGAAGUACUCUAUGAAAGCGUGGUGUCUUGGGCGAAACAUGGGAUGAUAAACAAGGCAUUGCUGUUGCUUUCAGAUGAUGAUGACGAUGACGAUGACGAUGACGAGGAAGUGGUAGUGGAAGAGACAGGCGUGGGAAAUACGACUCCGAGUAACAGCAGUAGCAGUGCUUCUACUACUGUAGCAAAGACCAAUGAGCACCAUCAUCACCGUUCACAGCAGCAGCAGCAACGACAACAACUACAAAAAGGACAGUUAAAAAAGACGGAUGAGCUGGGUAUACAACAUCAAGACCAAGACGAGGGUGACGAUGAUAACACUACUGGUGAUGGAUUAUUCCUCGUCGAUGAUGGUGGUGGCAUGGAAGAUCGACGAGCUAAUCUAGCCGAGAUUCUGCAAUAUAUUCGAUUUCCUUUGAUACAACCAACAUUUCUUGUCAAUGUAGUGGAAACGGAUCCGUUUGUGAUGGAUUUACCUGGUGUUCGAGAUUUACUUUUUGAGGCGUACAGGCACCAUGCUGUGGGUGAUGCAGUAGGGAUCCUGGAUAAUGCAUCCUUCAGGUGCAAACCUCGGCAUAUAAGAAGUGAUGAAUAAAUUCUAUUUCCGCU